UGACACGAACGUUAGCAUUUAGCAGCGCUAAAGUUUGUCAGUGUGCUCGCUACAAGACAUCAAACAUGUUGAAAGAGUUGGUGAAAGAGCGACUAAUGGCGGCAGCUGAUGAAAUAUUCGCGCUGUUUGAAAGCACGAUAACCGCGUACGAGGAGGAACUUUCUCGAACGAGAGAGGAGAAGGAGCGACAUCGACAACAACUGGAAGAUGUUCGCAAAACUCAAAUUGUGCUACACGUUGAAGGCGUUCAGCAGCAAGAAGAACGUCCACCUACGCCACAGGAGGGAAGCUCCACGUUGAAGCAGGAGGAUCCACAGCCCCCUUACAUUAAAGAGGAAGAGCAAGAACUCUGGAUCAGUCAGUCAGGAGAAGAGUGUCUUUUCGGGUUGCAGGAUUCUGAUCUCACCAAGUUGCCUCUGACUGGUGUCUCUGUGAAGACUGAAGACCAUGAAGAUGAACCACAAGUUGACCACCUCUUAGCUCCUCUAUCAGAUAGUGACGACAUGACAUCACACUCUACUGAGGAUAAAGACGAGGACUACAUCCAAGAACCUUUGAGCAGUGAUACAGACUGUGAGGGUGAUACCAGGACUCACAAUGACAACCAACACCCUGAAUGCUCAGAAAAGAAGACGGGUAAAACAAGUUUUAUCUGCUCAUUUGGUGCCAAAAGCUUUGGUAAUACAAGGAAUUUUGCUCCACAAACAAGGACACACACGGGAGAAAAACCUUUCAAUUGCUCAGUUUGUGGGAGUACAUUUUCUCGGAAGGGCUAUUUGACCAAACACAUGAGAACGCACACAGGAGAAAAACCUUUCAGUUGCCCAUUUUGCGGCGUGAAAUUUUCUCGCACGUACUGCCUGAAAAUACACAUGAGAAGACACACAGGAGAGAGACCUUUUAUUUGUUCAGUUUGUGGGAAGAAAUACUGUCGGAAUGACAGCCUGCAGUUACACAUGAGAAAACACACAGUAGAAAUACAUUUUAUUUGUCCAGUUUGUCGUACAUUUUUCGCCGAUGAGCAGAGUUUGACGGCACACAUGUCGGCACACGACGGAGAAUAAAUUUUCCCCUGUGCAGUUUGUGCCACAAGAUUGCCAAGUUGUAGAAGUGGAAUGUCUUGCAUGAGAAGUACAAAACCCAAAACCAGUGAAGUUGGUACGAUGUGUAAUUC